AUGUCUGAUAAUGCAGGCUGGGGUGAGAUUGUAAAAGCAUCUAAAGAGCUCAAAGUCUCCUGUGCACAAGCAGCCUAUGAUAAGGGUGGUGGUGAAAGAGAUCAACAAGGGUCUGGGAAAGGGACGGCAGGCGCCAUAUCUGGCUGGGAGGCUGGCAAGAAGAAGCCCCUGAAACAGCCCAAGAAACAGGCCAAGGAGAUGGAUGAGGAAGAUAAGGCUUUCAAGCAGAAACAAAAAGAAAAGCGGAAGAAACUCAAAGAGCUAAAAGCAAAGGCCGCAGGGAAGGGGCCCCUGGCCACAGGUGGAACUAAGAAAUCUGGCAAAAAGUAA